GUUAAUUUUAAAAUGUUCAGUGCAUUUUAGAAUUGCUUGAAAAAAGUGCUGCAAGUUUUAUUGACAAUGGCUUAUAUUCAAAUAGAUAAAGAGAAUAAAAAAUCUUCAAGAAUAAAUAGUAUGUUAUCAUCUAUUGGCCUAAUUUUAAAAAGUAUUCCAAGUAUCUCAGCAACUUUGUUACUAGCCAUUUAUUACAUAGUUGAAGCCUUCAUCUUAAGACUAACACCAAACUUCUUAAGAAGCCUUAAGUCCUUAAAAGGUUCUACAGUUUUAGUAACUGGCGGUGCAAGUGGAUUAGGACGAGAACUGGUACUACUUUUAGUAAACCAUGAAGCAAAUGUUGUUGUAUGGGAUAUUAACGAAACAGCAAUGUUUAAACUAAAAGACGAAUUAAACAAAAAAGGGUUUAAUAUUUUUGUAUACACCGUUGAUGUAGCUGACCUAACUGCCAUCUAUAAAGCAGUUGAAUUAGUGAAAAACGACUUGGGACCAAUAGAUAUUUUAAUCAAUAAUGCUGGUUUUGUUUAUGGAGAUACAUUUUUAAAUAUUCCCGAUAAGUUUAUUGAAAAAACCUAUAAAAUAAACACAUUGGCUUGCUAUUGGACAACAAAAGCAAUUUUACCAGACAUGAUUAAGCGUAAAAGUGGUCAUAUUGCUACAAUUGGUAGUUUAAGCGGCCUUCUAGGAACAUACAAUUGCACUGAUUAUAGUGGAUCUAAAUAUGCCCUUAUCGGGUUUCAUGAAAGUUUACUGGUUGAGUUGCAAAGUAAAGGGUACGAUAAGAUUGGUUUAACAAUGAUUUGUCCAUAUUUUAUUAAUACUAGGAUGUUUGAUGGAUGCAAUCCAAAACUGAGGUCAAUGUUAGACCCUACAGAGGUUGCUUCUAGGGUUAUUUUAGCUAUUAGAAGAAAAGAGAUAUUUUGCGCUAUACCUGGCUAUUCUUGCUAUGUUUUGGCGAUUAAAAACUGUUUGCCGAGCAAAUUGCUCCUACUUAUACAGUCCAAAGUGCUGCGGCUUUCUGAAGAAAUGAAAAAUAUGAGAAAGUUUAAAGAUGAUUCGGAGUUUUAAGCUUUUACUGUUUUGUUGAUAUUUAAUAGAUUAGGAUAAUCAUUGAUUCUUUCCAACAUAAUAAAGUUAAUAAUUAUAUA